UCAAAAGUGUUUGCCGGUAAACGAAAAGAUCCUAGUUUUACAACAAAAAAAUGAGUAUUUUUAAUAAUUUCCCUGAUUUACCGCCCCCAAAUGAGACCGCAUUUUGUAAAAUAAAUGAGGUGUACUGCUGUGGUAAUUCCCGUUAUGGCGACAUUGGAACGUUUACGAACUCGAUUAAAAAUCAUCCUAAGAUUAACGUGACAAAAGACACACAUCAUCAUCACAGGUUAUCCGACGAAAAUGUCUCCAUGUAUGUCGACGUGCAAGACAACUUGUUAAAGAAAAUCACAAGUGUAUGGUACAAACAAGGAUUCAUUGAAGCGCUGAACGUAGCCGCCGAUCCCACAGUCAAUAAAGACAACAAAGUACUAUCAGUGACGGCAUCAUAUGCAUUGAAAAUUGCAAACAUAUUCACAACACUACGCUACUUCAUGCAACCACAUUUAAAGGAUAUUGGGCCUAAAAUAGUGUCAAAUUACUCAAAUACAAGAAACUGGAGUACAGCCCCAGUGAAAUGCUUAGCCUGGCAUCCGCAUACCACUAAAAUAGCUGUAGCAUUAUCAGAUGACAGUGUAAGAGUUUACUGUUCCGAAGUUGCCUUCGUAUCAACACUGAAGUGUAAGUCACAGGCUCAUGUGUCUUCACUAAGUUGGAGACCAUAUUCUGCUUCUGAGUUGGCGGUGGGGUGUGAGCAGGGCGUUAUAUUGUGGACUAUUGACCCUAAUUCUAUGUUCACAAAACCCUCUUCAAGUAAUGCUGUACUAUUGAGAAGAUCGGGUCACAGUCCAGUGACUGAUGUGAGUUGGUCACCAAACGGUGACUUGCUGGUCAGCUGCUCUGGUGCAGACACCUCCAUGCUGGUAUGGGACGUGUCCAUGGAAAUCCCCAUUCCACUCCGCAGAGUCGCAGGGGGAGGAGUUGUCUUCUCCAAAUGGUCUCCUGAUGCCAGCAAAAUAUUUGCAGCCUCAUCGUCAAUUAUAUUUAGAGUAUGGGAGACGCAGUCAUGGAGCGCGGAGCGGUGGUGCGCGCGCGGUAGCCGCGUGGUGGCGGCGUGCUGGGGCCCCCACAAUACGGUGUUGUUUGCCGCCAGCCCGGAGCCCGUUGUGUUCGCGUUAUGUAAUUCUGGAUUGUUGAACGGCACAAAAACCACAAAAGCACAGCCAGUGCUAGACGUGAGCAAAGUUCAGUUGGCAUCUGGGGAGGUGGUCGGAGGACCCAUCCUGGACAUGUGCUGGGAUCCCACGGGCCGCUACCUGGCCAUACUAUUUGAAGAGUCAGCAGUGGUGGCUGUCUUCUGCACAACGAUGAUGAUGAUGCAGCUCAGUGUUACACCAUGCUGCUUCGUAAACGGCAUGGCCAACGAGUUACCAAUCACGAUGGCAUUCCAACAGAACUUCAUGGACGGUGCCUGCCUCACCGUGGCCUGGUCCAGUGGUAGAAUACAACACUUUCCCAUCAUUUAUACUGAUGCAUACUGAGUUUUAUGGACUGUUCUAAAUGCUCAGGGUAAUUCUUGCGACAGGAACAGAAAUAUCUGCUGUCAGAUACCUGUUGCAUUGCUGUCAAAAUAUGAAUGUUGUGAUGCUGUUGCAAGAUAAAUAAUUACAUCUUACUGUGCCCUAUGUAUUUGGGUCGGACUGAUAAUUAAGACAUCUUUUUUUAGUUUUUCACAUAAGACUCAUUGUAAUAGGAUGUAUCAAAAUGGUAUUUACUUUUCUAAUGACACAAAAUUAUAAUUAAAGACAACCUAGGCUGGAUCCUAGCUUGUAUCUCGAGUCUAGGCAUUCCGUUUAUGAUACGAAAAUCGAGAUGGUGUAUAAAUUCAAGAAAAAGAUUGAACUGAUUGUUAUCUGAUUAUGAAUGAUUUUUGCAUAUUGAAAUAUAUAUUUUUAUAACAGCAUGUGCAUGUAAAGCGACUAUUUUAAUUUCGAUAGAAUUAAAGU